AUGACGCCCUGCUUAGGAGAUGGACGGAGGGUCAGGAUCCACAAGAACAAGACAGAGAUGCAGGACGCAGUGACAGCAAGGAAUCCUGGAGAAAGAUGUUUCCUUGCUGCUGUUGCGUCCUGCAUCUCUGUCCUGUUCUUGUGGAUCCUGACCCUCCGUCCAUCUCCCCAGCAUGGAGUUAUAUCGGUUCUGCGUCAUCUGUACUUCGCAGGCAAGUCUUACACCAGGGGAAAGUAUUACCUUCGGAAACUAAAGACAGCUUGGAAGAACCCUCGUUAUGCUCAGGAUCAGUUUCUCAUGAGAGUUCUCAAGGAAAAUGGGGAUACUGACUACGGAAGGAAGUUCAAGCUCAAGAACAUCGUAAGCGCAGAGGAGUUCCGAAAACGUCAUUCGUUGACGACCUAUGAAGAUUACAAACCUUAUGUCGAACGAGUAAUGGCUGGAGAGCAAUGUGUGAUGACCCAGGUGAUGCCGAAUGCAUUUGUACAGACCUCGGGUACGACAGGUCCCUCAAAGUAUUUCCCACAGAGAGAUCAAAGGUAUCUUUUAACAAGGAUGAUGGAUGUUCUUUAUACCAAUCUGCACGAACUCUGUCCACGUCUGGGGCUGCUUCAGAAGAAGUUAUUCCACUACGUCCAGCCAGUAAUGUCUAGAGCUAAGAACGGAGGGAGUAUCAGGUCUGCCUUUGCUUUAUACGAAGAUGGCUUCAUGGCAUCUUGCUAUACGACACCGCCUUCGGGUUUUCGCAUUCAUUCCUACGACGAUGCAAAUUACAUCCAUCUCGUUUUUACUCUCCUCGAUCCAAACACUGGUGCAUUAUGUGGCUCGUUUUUAGGCGGCAUUUAUACUAUGAUGAAGCAACUUGAGCAAUGUUGGGAGGACAUUGUGUAUGAUAUCGAGCAUGGAACAAUCACUGAGAAGGUUAAGUUCGACGAUGCUGACAUCAGAUCCUCUCUUGAACAGGCUCUUGGCGGAGGUCACCCGGAGAGGGCGGGCGAGCUGAGAAGGCAGUUCGAGAAAGGUUUUAACGGUAUCAUGAAGAGGGUGUGGCCAAACCUUGAGGUGCUUUCCGCCGUAGAUAAUGCUGGAAGUUGGCCUGAUCUCAAAGCAAAAUAUGCAGAAGGUAUACCGUUCGUGAACUUGGGAUACGGGAAUUCAGAGGCAAUGAUUCUCGGUGUAUCUCCAUGGUUCCAUGAAGAUAAUCAUAGCAUGGUGUUUUGCACCAACAUGGCCUUCUUUGAGUUCAUCAGACAUGAAGACUCGAACGAGAGUCAGCCGAAAACGCUCUUGAUUGACGAACUCGAGAUCGGGCAGGAGUACGAGCUCGUCUUUACCCAAGAGAGUGGACUCUAUCGAUACAGACUAGGAGAUGUCAUUAGGAUAACUGGCUGUCACUACAACUGUCCUACAUUCGAGUUCAUGUAUCGGAUGGGCUUGAUUAUGAACUUGCGGUAUGAGAAGAUGAACCAGGUCGUUCUUAAAGCAGGACUCCAGUCGGCCGUGGGGCAGUGGAAUGAUAUGAGGCUAUUCGAGUAUGCAGUGGCUGAGAGCACACUUGUUCCGAAAUCAUCCCCAGCAUUCGAAGAGACUGAAGACAUGCCGUAUUACGUGAUUUUCUUGGAGCUAGACCAGACAGUGAGCAAGAGCGGAAAUAAAGAAACCAGCAAGACGGCAGAGCUCGCAUCCAAUGAGAUCACGAGUUCGAUCGACGCAGAGCUUCGUGGUCUUAAUAGCAUCUACGAGAGACUGCGGAGAAGUGGCGCCAUUUCACACCCUCGUGUUCACAUCCUGAAACCCGGCACGUUUGAAGAUUUGAAACAGCAUGUGGUGAAUACGACCAACACUACGGCAAACCAGUAUAAAGUACCUCAGAGGCUCCGCACAGUAGAUACCCUUAACUUCAUGUUUGAUCAUGCGGUGUAGACCCUCUCUGUCCUGACUUCUUCUUGGAGGUCCUCUCCCAUUUGCUUUCAUUUCAUUUACUUCGUUGUUGAUGAAGGAAUACAUUUGGUUCAAUCCAAGACUCAUGAUAAAACAACAGCAAACAAGAAACGACAAAAAAAAAGGAUGCAUGUCGAUUUUCUAUAGAUAAAGUAACAAUUAAUGCAUUUUGGUCUUCGCAAGAUUUGUCGCACAGUUGUCACAAACUGUGUGUUACUGGACAUAGGCUUUCGAUUUCAAUCUCGAAAAUUCAAAACUUUUAAAAUCUGAUUUUGCUCAAAUUUUCACUGUUCUGUUUCUAUAGAUGUCUGCUUUUAUUAUAACCAGCGAAAUAUCGGAGUGGAUCUCCCCCUUAUCACUAUCUAAUUUAACAUAAGACCAUCGCGUGAACAUAGGCAGCCAAAUAACAUUGUAUACAUCAUAUGACUUGUCUUAUUCUCUUGGGCAGCAUUUUUUUUUAACCGGGGUGCCGCAAGACAUUUUUAGGGGUGCCACGAGAUAAUUUUAGCAGUAUAACAAAAAUAAUAUUAUUUUGAAUAACGUCGAUAUUAUAAACCGCUAUAGAGUAGGGUUUUUUUCAUGAGGAAAUAGCAUUGUAAAGAUAAUUAAGUAACUUUAUUCCUCGCUCGCUCGCAAUUACCUUUAGAAACAUAACGAUUCCAGGCAGCAAAAUGUCUAAAUACCGCCAUAGUUGAGCAACGAGGUGCGUGAAUAUACAAAUAAU